AUGAAAAAAAAGAGAUAGAGAAAGAGAGAGAGAGAGAGAGAGAGAGAGAGAGAGAGAGAGAGAGAGAGAGAGAGAGAGAGAGAGAGAGAGAUCGGCAUUAUUCUACAUGUUUCAGCACGCUGAAGCUCAGUAAGUUCAGAGCUUAUAAAUACGCACGAUCUAUUCUCAUAAAAUAGCAAACGUGUAGAUUUGAACCACGUGUAGAUUGUACUCAUCAUGAUGGAAGGAUUAAAUCGAACAUCAUCAACAAUAUGUGAAACAUCACUAAUAGCCAUGGACAAACCAAGGUCCAAUAUCCAAUCUUUCUACAAAGGCAAGACCAUCUUCAUUACUGGCGCUUCUGGUUUCAUGGGCAAAGUCCUUGUAGAAAAGUUGCUGUAUAGCUGUUCUGAUCUCAACAAAAUCUACGUUUUAAUGCGAGCUAAGAGAGGACACAGUUUCGACAGUCGGCUCGAAGAUAUAUUCAAAUUGCCUCUGUUUCAAAGAAUACGAACUGAAAAAUCUCAAGUUUUGAACAAAGUAAUACCAUUUAAUGGUGAUGUAUGUUCAGAUAAUUUGGGUCUUACUGAUGAACAGUGUGAGCAUUUAAUAAAUGAGGUAAACGUGGUAUUCCAUUGUGCCGCGAGUCUUCAAAUGGACGCGAAAUUGAAAGAUGCUGUUGAAAUGAACGUGGGAGGUACAAAAAGAACUCUAGACUUGGCAAAAAAAAUGAAGCAUUUGCAGGUUUUCCUGCAACUAAGCACAGCCUUUUGUCACGUCGAACAGAAAGAAUUAGACGAACGUAUCUAUGAUUCCCCUAAUCCUCAGGAUAUCAUGAGACUCGUUCAAUGGCUAGACGAAGAUAAAAUCGAUCUGAUUACGCCCAAAUUACUACAUCCGCAUCCAAAUACUUACACAUAUACAAAAUACCUGGCUGAAACGUUAGUGGCGAACGAAUAUCCUAAUCUGCCUUGCUGCAUUGCUAGACCAGCGAUUGUGUUGCCUUCUUACAAGGAACCUAUACCAGGAUGGGUCGAUAAUUUGAAUGGAUGUGUAGGAUUAUUUGCUGGCGAAGGCAAGGGUGUUAUUAGAUCGAUGCAUUGCAAUGGCAAUUAUAACGCCGAAGUUAUACCGGUUGAUAUAGCAAUUAACACUUUAAUCGCAAUUGCGUACAAAAUUGCUACUAGCCAAGAAAAUUCGAAAAGUAUACCCGUAAUCAACAUAACGCAAAGCGAUAUAGACCGUAUAAUGUUUAAGGAAAUUUUCAAGAAGAGUAGAGAAAUUAUUUAUGACUAUCCUUUCGAGGGACAAAUUUGGUAUCCGGAUGGCAGCAUACAUAGCAAUAAAUUUGUGCAUAAUAUUUUUCUCUUUUUCUUCCAAAUCAUUCCCGCGUACUUGAUUGACUUUCUGAUGCUGUUAUUUCGACAAAAGACAUUUAUGGUCAGAAUGCAGAACCAAAUUCUAAAGAGACUCACGGUACUGCAAUAUUUCACCACGCGGCAAUGGAAAUUAUGUAAUAAAAAUAUAAUUGCUUUACAUAACGGAAUGUCCUCAACAGAUAAAAAGAUUUUUCCAACUGUAAUUUAUAAAUCCGAGAUAAUAAGUCGAUCUUAUUUUAAACAUAUCAUCCUCGGCAUGCGGCAGUACUGCAUGAAAGAAGAUUUGUCCACUUUGCCGAAAGCCCGUCGGCAUCAAAAAAUGUUGUAUGUUAUCCAUAUCACGAUAAUAUAUCUGUUUUACUUCGGAAUAUUAUAUUUUAUUUAUAACAUAAUGUUGAAAUGGUGAGGUUUUUCUUGGAUUAUGUUACCGCAAAAAUAAAAUCACUACCAUUUAUAAGCGGAUUCGUAGAAAUGAUGAAUCUUUGAGAGUGUUUAGUUCUUGAAACAAACAUUCUAUUGUAUUUAUGUUUAUUGCAUAUACACGUAAUCUGUGAAACCGCGACAAGAAGACGAGAAACAAUAGUUUCUUCAACAUUCAUUGUCCAACGUAUCUUUUACGUAUCUAUAU